CUAGAAAAAAAAUAACGUUAAUAAUAACAACAAGAAGCUCCUUCCAUUUCAAAUUCAAUUUCCCCAUCUUCCAACGGCUACAUCUCUCUCUCUCUCUCUCCCUCUACUCUCCCACUUUCUCUCUCUAGGGUUUCAGAAAUGAAGCAUUUUAUGCAACCAAGACACGCCAUUUUGCGAGAACACUCUUCCGACACUCCACCACCAAACCCUAGUUCAAUGAAGAACAACAGAUCCGGUAAUCGGAAGCACAAAUCGAGCAAAGAAAACGCUCCGCCGCCUUCCGAUAACGUCAUUCCAGACUCAAAACCUUCGCCGAAUGUUGGUAAACUCAAAUCGAUGCUCCCGCCCAGACCGCCUUCUUCGAACCCUCUCAAACGGAAGAUUGGGACCGAUUUUCACCCCGAAAAUGCUGUCGGUGGGUCUUCGGAUACAGGCGUUAAGGUUAUAGUGAGAAUGCGCCCGUUGAAUAACAAAGAAGAAGGAGAAACGGUAGUCCAAAAGACAUCUGGCGAUUCAUUGACAAUGCUCGGACACCAAUUUACUUUCGAUCAUGUAGCAGAUGUAUCGUCAACUCAGAUUGAUAUAUUCGAGCUUGUGGGUGCCCCUCUUGUUGAAAACUGUCUUGCUGGAUUCAACAGCUCAAUAUUUGCAUAUGGGCAGACUGGGAGCGGGAAGACCUACACGAUAUGGGGACCGACCAAUACGUUGUUAGAAGAGAAUGCGUAUAGUAAUGAACAAGGAUUGACGUCCCGUGUUUUCGCACGGUUAUUUUCUCGCAUAAAUGAGGAACAAAAUACACAUGCUGACAAACAACUAACAUAUCAGUGCCGAUGUUCGUUUCUCGAGAUCUAUAACGAACAAAUCACCGACUUGCUGAAUCCAUCUCAAAGAAAUCUUCAUCUACGAGAGGAUAAUAAAACCGGAGUGUACGUAGAGAAUUUAACAGAGGAGACGAUUUGCAGUAUGAAAGAUGUGACUCAGCUCCUCAAAAAGGGUUUAUCAAACCGGAGGACUGGUUCAACAAGUUUAAAUUCCGAGAGUUCCCGCUCACACAGUGUGUUUACAUGCGUUGUGGAGUCAAGUUGCAAGAGUGUAGAUGGUCUGAGAUGCUUUAAAACGAGUCGAAUGAAUCUUGUUGACCUUGCUGGGUCAGAAAGGCAAAAGUCAACGGGUGCAGCUGGAGAGCGUUUGAAAGAAGCUGGUAAUAUUAACCGUUCGCUUUCACAGCUAGGAAACUUGAUUAACAUUUUAGCUGAAGUCUCACAAACCGGAAAGCAAAGGCACAUUCCUUACAGAGAUUCCAAAUUGACGUUUUUGUUGCAGGAAUCCCUUGGUGGAAAUGCGAAACUCGCUAUGAUUUGUGCCAUUUCGCCCGCUCAAAGUUGUAAAAACGAGACGUUUAGUACAUUACGAUUUGCCCAGCGAGCCAAGGCUAUAAAAAACAAAGCAAUCGUUAACGAGAAAUUGCAGAAUGAUGUUAAUACAUUGCGUGAAGUGAUACGCCAACUAAAGGAUGAAUUACAGCGAAUGAAGUCAACCGAAAACCAAGUUGACCCGAACGCAGGCUACUCGUCAGGGUGGAACGCUAGAAGAAGCAUAAAUCUUUUAAAAUUCAGCCUCAAUCGUCCCAUGAUUCUACCUCAUGUAGACGAUGACGGGGAUGCCGAAAUGGAAAUCGUUGAAGACAGUGAACCGAUUCUCGACCGAAAAGAUUCUGAAGACACCGAUGUUAAUAUGCAAGAAGAUAUAUCAGAUCAAGCUGGCAAUCUUGAACCAACCGCUGUUCAGAUUCUUGAAAACAAUGAAGAUAAUAAAGAUUCUGUAAAGGAUGCGUCUACUAAUUUACCCGUAGAAUCAUCUGAAGCAUCCCCGGUUCUCAAGUCACCGACUUUAAGCAUUUCACCUAUACCGAUUAACAGCAGCAGGAAAAGUUUACGCACUUCCUCAAUGUUAACCGCUUCUCAAAAGGAUCAUUUGGAAAAAAAUGUUCCUAAAUCUUUUAACGACCAUUUGUCCGCUAGUCUACACCGCGGUCUUGAUGUAAUUAACAAGCAAAGAAAAAGUUGUGCUUUUAAACAGUCUUCGUUCACGUUUUCGUACAAGCCAUUAGACAAACCGUUAUUUGUUAAGAAAGAUGUCGGUGUGCAAGCGGUUCUUCAAGGGAGCGAGUUAGAAGAAAAAGAAAAGCCUGUUCUGUUCUUGUGCAGAAACUGCAAGUGUACGAGUUCUCAAGAUGUUAAAGAGGGAAUCGAUAGCUCAAACUUGCAGUUGGUUCCUGUUGAGGGGUCGUCACAAUCGGCUGAUAAAAAUAAGCAGAUGGUUCCCAAAUCUGUUGAGAAGGUGUUGGCAGGAGCUAUAAGGAGAGAGAUGGCGUUAGAGGAGUUAUGUGCCCGACAAGGCUCGGAAAUAAACCAACUUAACCGUUUGUUGCAACAAUACAAACACGAACGAGAGUGUAAUUUAAUUAUUGGCGAAAUUCGGGACGAUAAAAUUGCUCGUCUUGAGAGCUUGAUGGAUGGUAUUUUGUCUGCUGAGGAGUUCAAGGAUAAGGAAUUGGUUUCUUUAAAAAAUGAGAAUAAGAUGCUGAAGGAAAAUUAUGAGAGCCAUCCGGAAGUUUUAAGGACGGAAAUAGAGUUUCAAAGAUUUCAAGAUGAAUUAGAACGAUACCAAAACUUCUUCGACUUGGGGGAACGGGAUGUACUCUUGGAAGAAAUCGAAGAUCUUAAAACUCAACUUCAACUUUAUAUCGAUUCUUCAUCCAAAAGAACUAAUGUUUUGCAACUAACCUAUCAAUCUGACCCAAGCGCGGUUGAAGCAGAAAGCAAAUGGGCUUCUCUUGUACAAGAUUUGGAACUUAAACUACACGAAAGUCGUCUUCUUGUUGAAAAGCAAAAACACGAACUUGAAACCGAAAGAAAAUGUGCGAAAGAGUUAAAGGAUGCAAUGCAAAUGGCGAUGGAAGGGCAUGCACGAAUGCUUGAACAAUAUGCCGAUUUAGAGGAAAAACAUAUUAAUCUGCUAACGACACAAAGGAGAAUUGAAGACGGAAUUAUUGACGUAAAAAAAGCUGCUGCUAAAGCUGGUGUUAAGGGGGCUGAAUCUAAGUUUAUUAAUGCGCUAGCGGAAGAAAUUUCAAUUUUGAAGGCGGAAAAUGAGAAAGAGAGGCGCUAUUAUAGGGAUGAGAGUAACGGGCUUAAAGCGCAGUUAAAGGAUACUGAUGAAGCUGUGGUGGCUGCUGGUGAACUGCUUGUUAGACUUAAAGAAGCUGAAGAUGCUGUUGCUGCUGCUGAGGCACGCACAAGGCAGGCAGAAGAAGAAAGGGAGAAAGCUUACAAAGAGAUAGAAAAGCUGAAGAAAAAACAAGGUACAAAAGUUUCUAACAUGCCAAAAUAUGAGCGCGAUAGCACAAAUGCGGACCAGCAAUGGAAAGAUGAAAUUCACAAUUUCAACGACGAAGACGGAGAGUUGACAAAGUUAUCAGAACCCUCUUCUUGGUUAUCUGGUUAUGACACAUGCAACAUAUAGGUAAGAAGUUAGAUAUGUAUGUGUUGUAUUAGAUAAAAGUUUCUUGUAUAGCCUUCCAGGGUUGAGUCUAUUUUGGCCUUCCCACAAGGGGGUGUUCUCACCAUUUGUGAGGACCAAUCUAUUGUGGUUAUCUUGUCUAACCUUGUAUUCCUAGUGGAACUUUUGGCAAAAUCCUAAAUCCUUUUCAUUUAUCUCU